AUGGCUGAGGCAAAUGAUCCUCCAGUGACGGAUAUUUUGGAGCCUGAUGACCAACCAGCUGGUGAUUCGGGCGUGGAUGAAGCCAUAGAUGACGCUUCCUCGACCCAAUCGAUAUCUUCCAGCAUAUUCCAAUAUCGAGUAGAGAAUGGUAGAACGUAUGCAACCCAUGGAAGCGGGGAAUAUUUGCUUCCGAACGACGACGAUGAACAAGAGAGGUUAGGUGAGUUCUCACUCUACCAGACUCCUCCAAGAAAUUGGAAGAGGAUUCUCGAUGUGGGCACAGGGACUGGUAUCUGGGCCAUGGACGUCGCGGAUGAGCAUCCAGAGGCAGAGGUCCUUGGUGUGGAUCUUAGUCCAAUUCAACCUAGCAUGGUUCCUCCUAAUUGCAAAUUCGAAAUAGACGACUUGGAGAAAGAAUGGACAUUCACAUAUCGGUUUGAUUUUAUAUUUGUCCGCAGCAUGAUCGCAAGCUUCAAAGACUGGCCGGGUAUCUUUUGUCAAGCAUUCAGAAAUCUUGAGCCCGGGGGAUACAUUGAGGUCCAGGAUAAUGCAUACCCGCUCGCGAGCGACGACGGCACGAUUCAUAACACCAACAUCCUCAAGUGGUCCGAGCUUAUGCUCAAUGCUGCCAACAAAAUUGGUCGCUCUAUUACUGUUGCCUCUAAAUUCAAAUCCAUGCUUGAGGAUGCGGGUUUCAUUGACAUAAUAGAGAUCAAGAAGAAGAUUCCCAUGAACCAAUGGCCGAGGGACCCACUUUAUAAAGAGUUAGGAAACUGGAGUUGCUACAUGCUCCGCAGUGGCCUUGAUGGAAUCUCAAUGGGAUUGCUGACGAAACUUGGCUUGACUGUGGAUGAAGUGAAUGUUUUUCUGGCCGAGGUCAGAAGGGACCUCAUCAGUACCGAGAUCCAUGGUUAUUGGUAUACAUACUUGCUGUACGCAAGGAAACCAGGGAACGUGGCUGAUUGA